AUGGCCUUUAGAAAUCUCUUCCCUCUUAAAGAGAAACAUCAGCAUGAGAAGGAUGGUCUGUCUCUUUGCAAGACUGAUGGCUCCUCUUCUCUCUGGCAGGGCAAUUGCACGCUGGCAGGAUGCUCGCUGUCUGGUGUGGCUGGGAACCAGGGGCUGGCUUACACCAACAGCAGGAAGCUUGUAGUAAAUAGCUCCAGCGUYUUCACUGUUCGCUACUUCAGAACCACUGCGGUACAUAGGGAUGACGUGGUUACAGUGAACACACCAGCCUUUGCAGAGUCAGUCACAGAAGGAGAUGUCAGGUGGGAGAAAGCUGUUGGAGACACAGUGGCGGAAGAUGAAGUGGUGUGUGAGAUYGAAACAGACAAGACAUCAGUGCAAGUUCCAGCCCCAGCAGCUGGUGUGAUUGAAGCCCUUCUGGUACCCGAUGGUGGCAAGGUGGAAGGGGGCACACCUCUCUUCAAACUCAGGAAAACUGGAGCUGCUCCUGCCAAGGCCAAACCAGCGGCAGCUCCUCCUCCUCCUGCAGCCCCUGAACCUGCAGCCGCUGCUGCUCCCGCCGCUGCGGCGGCACCAAUUCCUACCACCAUGCCACCAGUGCCCCCAGUGUCAGCUCAGCCCAUGGACAGCAAGCCAGUGUCUGCGGUGAAGCCGGCUGCAGCUCCAGUGGCAGCGCCUCCUGGGGAGGCAGUGCCCAGCAAAGGUGCCAGAUCAGAGCAUAGGGUGAAGAUGAACAGGAUGCGUCAGCGCAUUGCUCAGCGCCUGAAAGAGGCUCAAAACACUUGUGCCAUGCUGACCACUUUCAAUGAAAUCGAUAUGAGUAACAUUCGGGAGAUGAGAGCCCAGCACAAGGAUCCCUUCCUGAAGAAGCACAACCUGAAGCUGGGUUUCAUGUCGGCAUUUGUGAAAGCUGCAGCUUUUGCUCUGCAAGACCAGCCUGUUGUGAAUGCAGUGAUCGACGAUACGACCAAAGAGAUUGUGUACAGGGACUACGUGGACAUCAGUGUCGCAGUAGCGACUCCUCGUGGUCUGGUGGUGCCUGUCGUUAGGAAUGUAGAAAACAUGAACUUUGCCGACAUAGAACGUGCUAUCCAUGAGCUGGGGGAGAAGGCACGGAAGAACGAGCUGGCCAUCGAAGACAUGGAUGGCGGCACUUUCACCAUCAGCAACGGCGGGGUUUUUGGGUCCCUCUUUGGGACCCCUAUCAUUAACCCGCCCCAGUCGGCCAUCUUGGGCAUGCACGCCAUCUUCGACAGGCCCGUGGCUGUUGGAGGCAAAGUGGAGGUGCGGCCCAUGAUGUACGUGGCGCUCACCUACGACCACCGGCUCAUUGACGGCAGAGAGGCCGUCACUUUCCUGCGCAAGGUCAAGGCGGCGGUGGAGGAUCCCCGCGUGCUGCUGCUCGACCUCUAGGGCGGCCCGGCCCCCACGCCAGCCACCCCGGCCAGGGCAGGGCCAGGGGCCACGCGGGCCGCUCGGGAACUGGCAGCGGUCAUUCCAGCCUCCCUCCCCUGUGACUGGACGUAUCCCAGAGGGAAUCCUGGGGAUAGCUCCUACCUCCUUUCCUGUUCUGCUUAAAGAAGGGUCAGUUCCUCACAAGCACUGCUAUACAGUGGCCCGACUACUGAAUGGCACUGCCUUUCCAGGGCCAGCUGUAAGGCAUCCUCUCCCUCACAGCACCAAACUGUCACCUCUAGCUUGUCCUUCACCACUGGAAACCGCUCGCUGCUGCUGUGCUAGGGUAUCUUUCCCUGCCCCUCCGAGGCAGGUUCAGCUUUAUCUCCUAGUACUGAGGUUCCUGGGAGGGAGAGGAGAGGAAAGGCUGCUACUGCUCCGUCCCUCUCUUGCUUGAAACUACUUCACGCUCACGGGUGCCGCAGGAGCAGCGUGGGGAGGCCCUGGCCGCAGCGGGGCCGGGGUGGGUGCCCCACGCUGCGCGCUUACACUCCCCCUGCAGACAGGAACACGGCGCUCGCAGCCCCCUGUUCCCUCGGGGCUCUCACAGCCGCGUGGGCAGGGGCUGGGGUCCCUGUGGAGGUAGCGCUGUCCCCAGGGCCACAAGCCCUUCACUGGGACGUGUCCAGCACUGGGGAAGGCACGGCCCCCUGCAGCUGUCCUGGAAUCCCGGCUCGCUGCC